UCUCUUUUCGACGUGGCCUAACCAUUUAUCUCAAACUUCUCUGGCGCUCUAGAUUCUCUCUCUCUCUCUCUCUCUCUGCUGCUUCCAUGUCUUACCUCGCAAUCUCCACGAAGAAAUGGGCGAGACAAUCCGGGACCGCCAUUCACGCCGCUCUAUCUUUCCUCGUCUUCUUCUUCCUCGACCUCGCCGACGCGAUGCUCUGCGUCGUUUACGCGCUCCUCGACGAGUUUCUGGAGGGAAACUCCCAAAGCCGUUGUUACUGCGACGCGUCUCCUCGUACUACCACCGGUGAAAAUGAGGUCUCAGAGACUUUGUUCGAGAGGACAAACGUUUUCCGGGGAUUCGCGAGAAAGCUCAAGCUUUCCCGGAGAAUGGAGAAGUCCGAAAAGACUCAUCACGAGCCGGCGAAUAGAUGGUCAGAUUGUGGAUGUCAAACUUGCAGCUCGUGGACGAAGAAAGAAGAUGGGAAUCUUCACGUCGUAGUCAAAGAUUCAACUCCUCAAGAGGACUCUGUUCAAGAACCGUUGGAGAAUGUAAUAUUCAUACACGGUUUCAUGGGUUCAUCGCAUUUCUGGACGGAGACUGUGUUCGAACACUUUAAGGAAGAACGUUACAGGCUCUUCGCGGUGGAUCUUUUGGGAUUCGGGGAGAGUCCUAAGCCAAGAGACAGUCUCUAUACGUUGAGGGAACAUGUGGAGACGAUAGAGAGAUCUGUCGUCAAGCCUUACCGGUUAGGUUCGUUUCACGUGGUUGCACAUUCGAUGGGGUGUUUGGUUGCUCUUGCUUUGGCUGCUAAACACUCAACCAUCGUUAAAUCGGUUACUAUCGUCGCACCGCCUUAUUUUCCUUCGUCACUUGAAGAAUCAGUCUUGACUCGAAUCGCUGGUAAGCGGCUUUGGCCGCCACUAGCGUUUGGUACUGCGGUCAUGUCGUGGUAUGAACAUGUCGGUAGAUGCGUUUGUUUCAUAGUCUGCAAGCAUCACAAGACAUGGGAGUGGGUCAUCAAGCUAUGCACUGGUAAAAGGGAGAUUCCUUGGAAGAUAAAGGACAUAACAAGACACACACAUCACUCAGCAUGGCAUAGUAUGCACAAUGUCAUCUGCGGUGGCUCCAAAUUCGCGGAUGAACAUCUUGAAACCCUCGUAAACAACGGCGUUAAGAUUCACUUGAUGCAAGGCGAUACUGAUGAGCUCGUUCCUUUGCACUGCUCUGGAGACAUGAAGAGGAAUUUUCCGGCGGUGGAAGUCGAGAUUGUUGUUGGUGCUGAUCAUGAGAGUGUUAUAGGCGGUAGAAGAGAAGAGUUUGCUGAGAAAUUGAAGAGCAUUUGGUGUUCAUGUAGAUAAAGGUUCUAGUUAGAUGAAACACACACGAGUCUUUUAACUCUUGAAACAACCCAAUACCAAUACAAAGUUCCUUGCAGAGUGAACUCUAAACGAACUGGAACUCCUGAACAACUCUCGAGAUCUUGUACUGAAAGCAAAGAAUGUAUCCAUUUUUUUUUUUUU